GCAAAAAAUACUCAUAUCAACAACACAUUAAUUAGCAUUACUCUCAACUUCCACAAAGAAAAAAAAAAAAUAUGAACACCCCUUUGCUACUACUUUCACUUACUAUUAUCCCAUUUACCUUAUGUGUACCCAACCCCUCAAGACUACUCUUAUCAUCAUCAUCAGCAUCAACAGCUCCAGUUCUCGACAUUAAUGGUGACAAAGUCCAAGCUGGUCCCAACUAUUUCAUCUUACCAGUGAUUCGCGGAAGAGGAGGGGGGCUCUAUCCAUCUAACGUCAAACAAACCAACACUUGUCCUAGGGACAUUAUUCAAGAAGCCAACGAGGUACAACAAGGAUUGCCUGUUGUGUUUACACGUGUCGACGCCAAAAAAGGCGUCGUACGUGUAUCCACUGAUGUUAAUGUCAGGUUUUAUACACCAACUAUAUGUGCUAGAGAAACUAUAUGGAAAAUAGGGGAGUAUGAUGAUAAGUUGAAGCAGUAUUUUGUGGUGACUGGUGGAGUUGAAGGGAAUCCUGGUCGUGAAACUGUGGGUAAUUGGUUCAAGAUUGAGAAAUUUGGUUCGGAUUAUAAGUUUGUGUACUGUCCAAGUGUGUGCAAGUUUUGUAAAGUUAUCUGUAAAGAUGUAGGGAUUUUUAAUAUGGAUGGAGUUAGGUUUUUGGCUCUAAGUGACACUCCAUUUAAGGUCAUGUUCAAGAAGACUUUCUGAGACGCUUGCGUCAUGACACUUUCUCGAAUUUCGUGCAUAGCGAAAACUUGUAUUUCUCCAAUUUUAUGAUUAAUUGAGAGCUUUGGUUUCUAAUA